UUGAGUCAAAUUUCAAAUAUUAUUACAAACAGCGUGUAGAACAAAAUAUUUCAUUAAAAAGUUUUUCGUUCGAUUUCUGUAACAAUUCAGCUUUAGAUCUAAAGGUUUAUUUAUUCCUGAAGAGUAUAUUUCAAGCAAAAUGCGAAAAAGUCUGGCGCCAAGUCAAAGCACAGCGCUUUCACCGGUAAAUUCCACAUUCAAAAGUCCAAUUUCGAUAAAUCACAAACGAACGAGAGAAUGUCGGGAACGAUCCAAAAAUCACUGCAAAGAUGCGGAACCUCCACCAGCGAAAUUAUCCGCCUCAGAGUACGAGAUGAUGAUUCUGCAAAUUUUGACUCGUCCGUUCAAAAUUCCGAUUCCGAAUUACGUAGCGGAACAUACUACACGAUGUUUGGGUAUGAAACGACCCGCCGCUCGAAGGGCCCUUCACGAUCCGUAUGCCUGUAACUCUCUAGUGCUGUACACACCGGACGAUCUUUCGGAGCAUGAUAAGCUGAAGAUGGACCAAAACAAGAUCCAGGUUCACGUCGUCGUCGAUCCUCUGCUGGGAAAUAUUCUUCGGCCGCAUCAGCGUGAAGGUGUAAAGUUUAUGUAUGAGUGUGUUACCGGGAAGCGAGGAGAUUUCAAUGGAUGUAUUAUGGCUGAUGAAAUGGGACUUGGAAAGACCUUGCAGUGCAUAACGCUUCUGUGGACUUUGUUGCGACAAAGUCCAGAUUGUAAGCCUACGAUUGGUAAAGCAAUCAUCGUCUGUCCAAGCUCACUGGUUAAAAACUGGGACAAAGAAUUCGGGAAAUGGCUCGGGUGUCGCGUGAAUUGUCUGGCAAUGGACGGAGGUUCGAAAGAGCAUACAACCAAAGAACUUGAACAGUUUAUGGCCAACCAGAGUUUGCGACAUGGAACACCGGUGUUGAUCAUCAGCUAUGAGACCUUUCGAUUGUACGCCAAUAUUUUGAACAGUUCCGAUGUCGGAGCAGUGCUUUGCGAUGAAGGUCAUCGUUUGAAGAACAGCGAGAAUCUCACCUAUCAGGCGUUGAUGGGAUUGAAGACAAAACGGAGGGUUCUAUUAUCCGGCACUCCUAUACAGAAUGAUUUGACAGAGUAUUACAGUUUGUUGCACUUUGUCAAUCCUGGAAUGCUGGGCAGUACAGCUGAAUUUCGCCGUCAGUACGAGAACCCCAUUCUCCGUGGACAGGAUGCAAAUUCCACGGAAACUGAGCGUAAGAAGGCAGCGGAACGUCUGCAAGAGCUUUCAGCUCUUGUUAAUCGUUGUAUGAUUCGGCGGACAAGUUCUCUGUUAACCAAAUAUCUGCCUGUGAAGUUUGAAAUGGUGAUUUGCGUCAAAAUGACCGAGAUUCAGAACGAGCUUUAUAAGAGCUUUCUCCAGUCGGAUUCCAUUCGCAAAAGUGUGCUGGAGAAGAGCGAAGUCAAGGCCAGCCUAACGGCACUUUCUAAUAUAACUUCGCUCAAGAAACUCUGCAACCAUCCGGAUUUGGUUUACGAUAAAAUUCAAGAGCGAGCUGACGGUUUUGAAAAUGCACAUAAAAUUCUACCAAGCAAUUAUAGUGCUAAAGAUCUCCGACCGGAGUUUGGCGGAAAACUGAUGCUGUUGGACUGUAUGUUGGCCAGCUUAAAGAUGAACACAAGCGAUAAAAUAGUACUGGUUUCAAACUACACACAAACGUUGGAUUUGUUUGAAAAACUAUGUCGAAAACGUGGAUACGCCUAUGUUCGGCUGGACGGAACAAUGACCAUCAAGAAACGUGGAAAAGUCGUUGAUGAAUUCAAUAAAGCGGAUUCGAAGGAGUUCAUCUUUAUGCUAAGUUCGAAAGCUGGUGGCUGCGGGUUGAAUUUGGUCGGUGCAAAUCGACUGGUGAUGUUCGAUCCGGACUGGAAUCCGGCAAACGAUGAACAGGCGAUGGCUCGCGUUUGGCGCGACGGGCAGAAGAAACCGUGCUUUAUUUAUCGAUUGUUGGCGACUGGAACCAUCGAAGAAAAAAUCUUCCAACGUCAAACGCACAAAAAAGCUUUAUCCAAUACCGUGGUGGACAAUGAUGAGGACGGCGAGCGACACUUCACGCAGGAUGACCUAAAAGAUCUAUUCCGAAUGGAUGAGUCUACUCUAUCGGAUACGCAUAGCAUAUUUAAGUGCAAAAGAUGUCUCAACAAUAACCAGAUCAAGUUGCCGCCAGACGAUAGCGAUUGCACGUCGGAUUUAAUGCACUGGUAUCACUGCUCCAAUAACAAGGGCAUCCCGGAUGAAAUUCUGUCCAAGUGUUGGGAGAUUACCAAAUGCAUUUCAUUUGUGUUCCACCACCGUUCGAACAGUGCCGUCGUCGAACAGAAGCUGACCGAACAAAAACGUGCUGAGGCUCUAAGGGCAAAAGAAGAAUCGAAAGAAGCGGAAGAUUCCGAGUCUUGUGGCGAAGAAGAUGAGGAAAAGGAAAAUGAUUCCUUUUCCGAUGAUGACCGCGAUGAAGAUUUUGUGCCAACAAAAUGAACUAAUAGUCAGUUGAUUAUUGUUAUAAUUCCCUUUUUUUCGAAUAUGAAUUAUGACAAUCUAAAUUGUUAAAAAAAUUCAAAUUGUGUAAUAUCGCAAUAUGUCUCGUGAACAUUCGAUAAUUUAUUUAACUUUAGAUGCCUUUGAACAUGCACUCCGAGUCGUUCUUUGCAUUCCUUGUGAUAGUCGUUUUAUCAUUCAUCUCACUCUCAUUAGGUUAAAACAGAACAACCCCAGACCCUAAUAAAAGUAUUAUACUCGAACUUUAACCCAUAUAGUGCAAUGAUUCCAUAUAUUGUUUGGAUGAUGGUUUGGUCGUAAGCUCUUGAAUCAUAAGAUGCUUAUUAGGGGAGGGCCAACUCCUUUUCUUAAUUUUUCACGAUAUUCUCUGAAUCGACUUCUCCCCUGAAAGCAUAACCUAAUUUCUUAAUAACUAAAUCAAUAUUAAUAUUCACUUUCCAUUUUAUGAAAAUAUAUAUUAACAUUUCCAUAUCAAC